ACCGCAUCAAGCCGUCACUGGCUUCAGUUCCUUCAGCUUUUCCAUCUCGUGAUCCCGCUCAUCCGCGCCGUCCGCGCUUCAGGCUGAGAGUUGUGACCAUUUCCUAGGUGAUUUUGAUUCUCCGACCAACUAAGUCGUACAAAUAAACGACGCUGCGGCGUCUCCUCAACUCGGCGCUCCGCACUGGUGGCCUACCAAGGCAGCUCGCAGCUCCAAAACGCCUGCAAUGCGGAUGGCUGCCAUAACAAGAUGGCAGCCCGGACGGGAUUGACUCUAGAAUGCAGAAUCAGCCGAGAUUCGCGGUUCGGUCCGAACCACGGCUGGACAGCAAGUGGCUCCACCGAGACUUACAGUGUGUCUUUUCUUACGAGGGACUAGCACAGUCUUGGAACGAACUAGUCAAGGAUGGAGAACUGCAAGCCGUGAGCGAGGAUGUGACGUCCCAGGCAAGAGAGCGCGUUGGGCUGUGCACGUGCGUGCCCCAGACGGGGGCCUCAGCAUGCCCGUGUCCAUCGUGCCCGCCCUCGGCCGACAGGGAGGCCUCGGAGCGGGACCGGGACCCAGCCCUUACCUCACGGACCCUCAUCGACGCCUGGGCAUGGGGUCCGCAGCCUUCACUGGACCAGCUAAAGGCGUGCCUGAAGACGCUGGUUUCAGAGCAGUACCAGCUCGGCUCGGAAGCGGCCGCCUCCACGCUUUCCUCUGUGCGCCUGAAGCAACAGCUGGCGGUAGCCAAGCGCUACUACGUGGCGCUGGUGAGGCGCCGAAGGGGAGGGGCCACGCUGCUGCCGCACUCUCCCAGCCUCCAGAGUGGCAACUUGCAGAGCCCCGACGUCCGAGGGGCCAAGAUGCCGUGCGAGCAGCCGAUGCAGGCUCUGGCCCGCGUCGGCUCUCGUGCCGCCCUCAGCUUUGCCUUCGCCUUCCUCAAGCGGGCCUGGCGCUCCGGCGAGGAUUCUGACCUCUGCGGAGAGCUGCUCCGGGAGUCCCUGGAGGCACUCCGGGCGAUGCCGGAGGCGUCCCUCUUUCACGAGGAGGCCGUUUCUCCCGUCUGGCUGGAGGUGGUUGACCGAGCCGACAACUUCCUGCGCUCUGUUGUGCUCGGAGACAUCAACGUCGGGGUCGGCCUCUCUCGCGGCUGCGGGCAAGUUCCGGUGCCGGAUCAGCAGCUGGCGCUGUCGCUCUUGCUGGAGCUGUCCAUUCAGCGGGGCACCCUCAGCCACCUCCUCGGCGGCGUCCUGCUCCUGCUUCAGUUGUGGGACAGCGGGAAGUACGAACUUGACAACAGGACAGUCUCUCACGGAACCAGCGUGCCCCUGGUGACACUGCUGAGAAGAUUCCAAGACAUCGGCUGCCUGCGACAAAAGCCAGGAGAAGGCUGUACUCUGACCGAUGAGGGGGUUCCCGUGGUCAGUCCCACGGAGUGCCUGCUCAGCCUCCUGACCCUGCCGGAGGACGAAUCCCUCUCGGUGGACCUUCAGCAGUGCGCUAUGGUUGUGAUGUGCCACCUGGAUCGCCUGGCUGCUCCCUACCUGCCGCAGAGUCCUACCGGCGCGGGCUCGACGAGCGCUGCCGGGAGUUCCACCCAAGACGUGCUGGCCUGGAGCUGGUCUUCCUGGGAGGGUGCCGAGCCGGUCAGUCUGGGCAACCUGGCCGACCUGUCGGUGGUCCAGAUGCGCUUCUUCAGGGACGGCCUCCUCGUCCUGAGCAGUUCGGGCAGGCUGUUUGCUCUGCAACAGGACAACUGCGGUCCGCGCAUGAUCGAGGGCUUUGAUGGUCGCGAAGUGGUGGAGGUCUCGAGUCACCCCCUGGCAGAUGGCUUUCUGGCAAUGACCGCCGACGGGGAAGUGUUCUCCUGCGGCGACGGCGGCUGCUUCCUGCAUGGUGACGAAGGUUCAAAGGAAACACCGGUCUUGAUCCAUGCACUAAGCGGAAAAGGAGUGAAGGGAAUCUCGUGCGGCAUUCGGCAGUGCGCAGCCUUCACCGCCGGCGGUCAGCUGUACGUCUGGACGAAGGGGUGUCGCAGCUGUUGGGGCCACGGCAACAGCGAAGACCACAACAUUGCGGUUCACCUGGCCCCGCUGAGGGGACAUAAGGUGGUGGGCGUGGCGUGUGGAACCGGAGAGUCUGGAGCUGUUUUUGCAGUCACAGAUGCUGGCCUCGUCUUCUCACUUGGACAUAGGGAGGACAGCAAACCGGGCCAGGGUGACUCUGAAGACCUGAAGGGCUCGCUUCGACUCGUCGACAGCCUGCAAGGCGUGGAGGUUGCUCGCGUGCUGUGUUGCACGCACUACAACUUGGCGCUGUCACGUGCUGGCACCGUUUACAUGUGGGGCAUGGGCAAACAGCACGACCUAGAAGGUCGGGUCAAGGUCGUUGGGGGUCUCGAAGGUCGCAGGGUCGUCGAACUCUCGGUGGGGUCGUCGCACUGUGUGGCAGUCACGCAGGACGGACAGCUGUACGUGUGGAGCUGUGGCGACUCGGCAGGUCGCGCUCCAACCGCGGAGGCCAGGCGUUUCCCCGUCGUGCCCCCUGCUGGAAAGACGCUCGCGGGCAUUGCGUGUGGUUACCUUCAGAUGUAUGGAUGGACAGCUGUGGAUCGCGGCUCGUUGCAUCUGCGGGAACCGUUCGUGGUUGACGUGUGCCCCACGACGGUGGAGCACGUGGACGAGCUGCUGACUUGGGCCUGCGAGGGAAUUGAUGUGGCGUGGCCGCCUCCACCUCAAGAGAAAGAGUGCAUCGCCACAGCUGCCCUCAACCUCCUCAGGCUGCAGAUCCAUGCAGCAAUCAGCAACGGUGUGGGCGCUGAACAGCUAGGAAUGGUGCCCGACUCGCGCCUGCUGGCUUCACUGAAGCAGAGGGUGGUCUCCCUCGCCAGCGGUUCCAACGUGCUGCCCACCAUUCAGCGCGCUGCUCAGCAGACCCUCCAAGCAGGCUGGAGCUUCCUGCUUCCCACCGCUGAUGAAAGGGCUAGAGCGCUCUCGGUCCUGCUGCUGAGCUCAGGAUCGCAAGCAUCAGACACCAACCUGGGUUCCGGACGACGCUUCAUGAUGGACCUCCUCGUUGGAAGCCUGAUGGCAGACGGCGGGCUGGAGUCCUCGUUGCAGACGGCCAUCAAGGUGGAGAUUCAAGACAUGGAAGACGCAAGGGAAAAGGAGUCGGGCAAGCAGCUCUCCAAGGAGAUGACAUCCAGCGGAGAACAGCUGAUGUCCGACCAGGCGCUCUUGGAGUCGGAGACCAAGCGGACGCAGGUGCUGUCGGAGGACGCCUCGUCCACCAUCCCGCUGCUGCACCUCGUGAAGCAGCUGCUCAGGAACACUGCCGUACAGACAAUGGGCAAGCUGCAGAGCUUCUUUCCGGAGAACACAACCACAACCCCGCAAUCUUCGUGCUUCUCGUUGAAGCUGAACGCCGACCACAAAGAGAUGUCGGCUUCCCUCGACCUCCUGCUGAGGUUCCAGCGCCUGCUGUUGGGCAAGCUCUACCCGCGCGAGGAACUGGCCGAACCUGCCAAUGGUCUCGAUGCCGAGGGCUACGGUGCCGCGUCCUUGCUGCGGAAAUACAUUGGUCUCCUUUCCUCCCACGCCGAGGACUGCCUGUCCGUCGCGUCGGUGCUGGCCACUCUGUCGCCGCGCCACUUUGCGCUCGCUGCCGCGGUGCUGGAGCGGGACCUCACGGGGAUCCUGCUCCCUGAGCUCCUGCUGUCCCUGAUUCUGCUGGAGACGAGCGCCCCGGAAGCCACGCAGGCGGCGCAAGUGGUGCCCACCCUCUCCCCCCUCCUGGAAAGCCUGGACUGCUUCAACCGGCUCGCACCCGGCUCGCACCUCGAGGACAGCCAAGACCUGUCCUGGCCCGGGGUGGGAGGUGGAACACUGACACCGCCCCCUAGCCAAAGAAUGUCCGACGACAUCAUGACCUUGAGGAGAGUGGACAUCGAAAACCACAAUCGAGAUGGUGGCUUCUGGUUGGUCAUCAGGGGCAAAGUGUACGACGUGCAGGAGUUCAGGCUCCGUGCGCCUUGCGGAUCGGACGUCUUCGUCAGAUAUGCAGGUCGUGAUGCCACUCAGGCGUUCGAGGCUGCAUGCCACUCCAAGGAAGCCAAAGAAAUGUUGAGUUCCUUCUUCGUUGGAAACUUUGUGGAUCAGGAGCAGGACGCGCCGCUGCUGGUGGACCCUGGGACGCUGUCGUCUCCGCUGUGCGACGCUGAGCGCUCGUUGGGCUACCUGCUGGGCCUGGGUCUGCACCACCGGGCUUGCGGGGCUCCCGUGCAACCCUGCGAGGCCCAACUGAGGACCUGGCUGGAAAGCCCGCUUCUCAGGGGAGGGGGCCUGCUGAGGGGCCUGCAACCCACGGACCCCUAUGACGAGGAGAAGGGGGAGGCUCGCAGCCAGGGGGGAUCAAGCACGGCCACUCCAGUAUCCGGAGUGACUCCGACGGAACCCAAGGGCACGACGAGCGGGACGGCGACCCCCUCGCCCACCUUUGGGAGUGGGGCGGUCCAGAGCGAGGAAGGGCUGCUGGAGGCCAUUGGGGAGGGGCGGCUGGACGAGCCCCUGGUGGCCAGCUUCCUCCGCACGGUGGACGCCUUCUGCGAGGAACAGCACCUGGCCCUGAGGAUGGACUUUGCAGCCGACCAUCCCGUCGAGGAGGUCGGAAGGUUGCUUCUGGUUGUGGCUGUGAAGCACCUGGGACUGGGCAGCAUGGCCCUCAACGUCGCUGAGCAGGCACUCCUGAAAGCCUCAACAGCCAGGACAUCCGUGACAUUGCCUCCGAUGCUGCAGGACACUGUGCGGAUGGUUCAGCAAGCCAAGUGGUCCCUCAUCAAGGCGAGACAAGACCUGAAUGGCUCCUACAAAGAGGUGUGCUGUCCCAUGUUCGAACGCUGCCGCUUUCUUUUCUACGAGCUGCGGCCAGCUACCAGCGGGGAGCUUGCUGCUCUCGAGAACCUGCAGCUCAUCAACGUUCCGUCGCGGUGGAAGAUGGUCGCUCGACGUCUAAUCCACGACAAGAGAACUCGCAAGGCCAACAGUUCAGCCAACCCAUUAAAGAACAGCUCUCCCACAGCCAACGAGAAGAUUUCGCUGCACGACGCUCAGAAUGAGGCGCUUGCCGAAUUGGAAGCAAAGCAGGAGGUGACCCACGCCCUUACUAAAAAGGGUGCAGCCGGACUCCCCGAAGCCAAACAAGUUCAUACCGAUCCCAACCAGCUUCUCUCCCAAGUUUUCGACUUUGUCAUGCAGGAGGUUGACGUGGAGCUUGUCCGGAAAGCCAUGUACUGCCAGAUGGAAAGGGCCAAAGUGAGGCAGAGCGGACUGGAGAGCGUUCUUGUGCUCCUGGAAAAAUCGUCCCUCCUCCCGUCGGUGAAGUACAAGCUGCAGUGCGGAUGGCAGGGGCUUCUGCCCUUUGGAAACAUGCCAUGGGAGCGACCAGUCCACUGCCUUUCCAAUGUGAACCUAAUCCCACCGUACCAGCGCAUUUCCCUCGAGUUGGCAUCCUCGAAAAUUGCCCUGUGGGCCGUUGCCGAGCUGCGAUCGCUGGUGCUCGACUGCUGCUGCUUCGAAGGGGACGACUCGGCUGUGGAUUCACAUCCUGGUCAUUCGUCACGGCGCCUUGUCUCCAAGGCCAGCGUGGACAGCGGAUCGUCGACGUGUGGGGGUGCCCCCGCAGCACCCUCGCGGUUCCUGCUCUCGGUGCUGGGCCUGCUCUCAGGAGACCACCAGGGUCGGGAGCUGAGUCUGCUGCUUGGCUCGGGUCUGCUCGCCCACCUGCAGACGCUGCUGCGCAUCUUGGGUCCCAGGCCCACUCGAACCCCGCGCGAGAAAAAUGCGGGGCUCUACGCCGUCCUGGAGGAGACCGUGCGCAAACCGCAGCCGCUCGCGCCCGUUCCGAGCGGCCCGGAGCUGGCAGCCAUGAUGAAGAUCGGCACCAGGGUCAUCCGCGGAGCCGACUGGAAGUGGGGAGACCAGGACGGUCCCGCCCCCGGCGAGGGCAGGGUGAUCGGGGAACUCGGCGAGGACGGCUGGAUCCGGGUCCAGUGGGACAAUGGGUCCACCAACUCCUACCGCAUGGGCAAGGAGGGGAAGUACGACCUCAGGAUGGCACAGCUGCCCCCCGAGCCCCGGCUGGAGUCGAGCUCGGACUCCGAGGACGAAGAAGCAACGACGACGGUACCCACUGGCCAGCAUCCCUCGGUGCUCCUGCAGCAGGCGUGCUACACCCUCCUUCGCUCGCUGUCCGUGUCUCUCGGACUUCACUCCGACUCUGUCCGACCCAAGGCCAUGGCUGUCAUGUCUGGGCUCCUGAGGUCCAUUGUGACCUCGGGGCAGGCUGGCCACUUUGAACUGCUGCUCGCUCCGAAGUGGCUGCUCGAGGAACAGCACCACGAGUGGGCGACACUGGGGUUCCUGCGUGGCACGUGUGCCACCCCCGCCCUGUGCAGGGCCCUCAGCUCACCCCCCUGGGUUAGCCUGCUGCUCCAGGUGGCGUCGGGAGUGACCGUGAGGUCUAACACCGGCCUCUCGGUCUCGUCUCCCUCCACGCUCCCCACCCAGAUCCAGGCACUGAGGCUCCUGAAGAUGUUGCUGCCGACGUGGACGUCCGAGGACUACUCCAAGCAGAGGAGCACAUUUGUGCAGGAGAUGAUUGGCCUGCUCGGAAAGGUGCUGGUCUCCUGCAGUGCUGACCCUACACUCCACAUUGCAGACCUGGCUUGGAAAGGGAGGAAAAGGGGUCGCGCACGGAUAUCCCUCACAGCAUCUCACAGCAGCACCGUGGCAGAGGAGUGCAUCUCUUUACUCCGGGAGCUCCAUGCGGUGUCGUCCUGGAGCCAGCCCAUCAACAGGCACUUGCAGAUUGGCUUGGAGAAUCUGGUGGAAGAACCAGCCACCGCAACCACCGAGACAUCUGCGUGCCAGUCCGCGGAUGCGCUCCUGCUUGAGCAGAGCGGAUCCCUGGCGGCGCUGGCCGUCCUCGGAGGCGUGGACCACAGGGUCCGUCUGGGCGGAACGGUGCACCUGCCCGAGUGUCCUUCGGAGAAAGGAACUGUGGCUGGGAUCUCGCUGCGCGGGAAACUCCUGGUGCACUGCCACACGCGAGACAUGCUCGUCAAGCGGCCGCUCGAACAGCUUGCUCCCAGCGGUGAGAACAGCUUCCAGCUGCAGAAGCUUCCCCUGAACGACGGCAUGCUUCGCACCUGGGCCGUGCUCUUGAACCGGGCCGUCUCCGUGUUACCCAAGCUGGGCCUCGACCGCCCCUCCCACUUCGCAGCCGGGAAUGAAGCAUCCAGCGUCAACGUGGGCCUGCUGACUCGGCAGCACCUCCUGCUUGGGACAAUUCGUGCCACUCGCGUGCUGGCGUCUCAGCAGUCUGUGCUGAGAAAAGUUUUGAUGCAGAGCAUCGCUGAACAGCAGCAGCAGCAGCAACCGCAGUCAAUGGCCGACAGCACCUGUGCUGAAGAAGAUUCGACCGCCGACGCCUUUGCACCAGUCACUCUCACGGAGCAAGUGAUGGCCGCCGCCACGCAACCGUCACCGCUUCGGCCUCUUUUCUCCAGGCUCGAGUUGGAGGCUGCCGCCGUGGCUCUUGUCCAGUUUCUGACGGCGGAAGGCACCCGGCACGAGGUGGCGGUGGCGCCCUCUGCCCAGCUGCCCUGCUCAGAGUUCAGGGAGGACGCCGAAGAAGAGGAGGAGGGCGCCCUGCGAAUGGCCUCUCCCUCCAGCGAGGACGGUGCCACGGCCGCCUGCGUGGCAGACCACGUGGCAGACGAUGCGACGGCCGUUUUGCCCAGCAGGAGCCAUAGGGCCAAAGCAAAGGGAGCAACGUCUCGGCGGCCAUCGCUGCCGACACCAGCUGGAGCGGCGCAGUCGUCUGUGCCCAUCGUCCAGCAGCUCGUCGAGAUGGGGUUCUCGAGACACGGCGUCGAAGUUGCCCUCAGUGCUCUAGCGGGUUCGUUCCACGUGAUGCCCAGUCCCGAGGCGAUUGUUUCCUGGCUUUUGGAGCACGAGGAUCAGGUGCCUUACCUCUCGGACGACGAGAGCAUAACGUCCCUGGACAACUGUUCAGAGUCGGAUUCCUUUUCGGAUGACCUUUUUGAUGGCGAUGCCAGUGGAUCUCUCAGGGAGGCAACGACAAGCACGACGUAUCUGUGCAGAGGAGACUUUGCGAACAACGACGAUUACGCCCAUCAUGUCCGGGACCGGAUCGAGCGUGGCAUGUGGGUCCGCUGUUGCCGGACCUAUGAGGAAGUUCACGAGGGCGACAUUGGCCGGGUGGUCGAGCUGGAUCGCGACGGCCUGCACGACCUGAACGUCCUGGUCAACUGGCAGCGCAAGGGCGGUGUCUACUGGGUGCGCUACAUCCACGUGGAGCUCCUCGGCUACUCGCACUCGUCCAGCCCUCCGCCGACGCCCGCUCCGGCCACUCCGGUCCCCUUAACGACAGCGACGCAGUCUGCAACGCAGUCCGGCGCCCUCCGCGUCGGCGACCGGGUGCGGGUGCGGCCGACGGUGUCGCAGCCCAAGUACAAGUGGGGGUCGGUGUCGCGCUCGAGCGUCGGCACGGUCACCAGUGAGUGCUCUGCGUUGAGCAUAAGCCGCACCGGGCGAGACGUGACCGUAGACUUUCCACAGCAGUCCAACUGGAUGGGCCUGGUCUCCGAGAUGGAGCGUGUGCCCACCCUUCACGAGAAUGUUAUCUGUGACGGGUGUGAUGCCACCCCGUUGGUUGGGUCGAGGUUCAAGUGCCGCUUCUGCAGAAACUACGACCUCUGUGAACGGUGCUUCAAGACGAACCAGAUCCACAAGCACCCUUUCAACCGCAUCGUCAGGCCUGGGGCACUGCCGAUGUAUGGGGGCUACCCGGGCGAGCGGACGCGCAAGAGGAAAGACCUGGAUGGCACUCAGGCCGGUUCCGUGGGAGCACCCCUCCUGGAGGAGUGGGGGCACUGCGUCAAGAGCCUGACGGUCUCUUCCAACGAGAGCAGCCUGCACCGUCUCAUCGACGGAACCCGUUCGGCCUGGCAGAGCUGUGGCACGCGGGGAAAGCACUGGAUAAGGCUGGAGAUGCAUCAAGGAGUAGUGAUCCAGCGGCUCCGGAUGACCGUGGAUCCGGCGGACUCGAGCUACAUGCCAUCGCUGGUGGUGGUCAGUGGCGGUCCCUGCCUGACCUGGAUGACGGAACUGGAGACGGUCCACAUUGGAUCCACAGACAGCCAAGUCACCCUCCUGGCUGACCUCAGAGAGUACUACCGCUUCAUUGAAAUUGCGAUCCGGGAGUGCCGAAGUGGCGGCAUCGAGUGCAAGGUGCACGGACUCUCUGUGGUUGGCCGUUCUCAUGGGGAGGACGAGGACCUCUCGCCGUCGUUCCCCUACUUGGCCUCUGACGGGGAGGACGGGGAAGACGGACCGGCCGCCGUGAACUCGCACGGGCCGUUCCAGCGGAGGGACCGGACUUCGGAGAGCUUCCGGGACCUACAGACUAAGGCCUGCGUCUGGGGUCUCAACGACAAGGACCAGCUGGGGGGGCUCAAGGGCUCCAAGGUGAAAUUGCCCCAGUUCUCGGAGACAAUUUCCUGCCUAAAGCCGCUGCACAUUGCCGGAGGCUCCAAGAGCCUGUUCAUUGUGUCACACGACGGGAAAGUGUAUGCCUGCGGGGAGGGCACCAACGGCCGCCUGGGACUCGGCCACUGCAACAAUGUGUCGUUUCCAAGGCAACUCACCGCUCUCGGGCAGUACGUUGUCAGGAAGGUGGCUGUCCAUUCGGGAGGCAGACACGCACUGGCACAGACUGUGGACGGAAAAGUCUUUUCCUGGGGAGAAGGAGACGACGGGAAGCUUGGACAUGGAAACAGGAUGAGCUACGAGAAGCCUCGCCUGAUCGAGGCCCUCAAGUCCAAGCGCAUCAGGGACAUCUCGUGCGGGAGCUCGCACAGCGCGGCCAUCACGUCGAGCGGGGAGCUGUACACCUGGGGCCUGGGCGAGUACGGCCGACUGGGCCACGGGGACAACCUCACCCAGCUCAGGCCUAAGCAGGUGUCCGCCCUGGCGGGCCACCGGAUCGUGCAGGUGGCGUGCGGCAGCCGGGACGCCCAGACGCUGGCGCUCUCCGACGAGGGCCAGGUCUUCUCGUGGGGCGACGGGGACUUUGGCAAGCUGGGGCGCGGGGGCAGCGAGGGCUGCAGCGUGCCCCACAACGUCGAACGUCUCAAUGGCCUGGGCGUCUGCCAAGUGGAGUGUGGGGCCCAGUUCUCGCUUGCCCUCACCCGGGCGGGACAAGUCUGGACCUGGGGAAAGGGAGACUACUUCAGGCUGGGCCACGGAUCGGAUGCGCACGUGCGGAAGCCACAGCUCGUGGAGGGCCUCCAAGGAAAGAAAGUGAUUCACGUGUCCGUCGGAGCACUCCACUGUCUGGCCGUGACGGAUCAGGGACAGGUGUACGCCUGGGGAGACAACGACCACGGACAACAGGGCAACGGGAACACGACGGUGAACCGCAAGCCCGCCCUCGUGCACGGCCUGGAGGGCGUCAAAGUCACCAGGGUUGCCUGCGGGUCGUCCCACAGUGUCGCCUGGACCACCUCCGAGACUGCCAGGGUGCAGGGACACGACCCCGUGCUGUUUGCCGUCGCCAAGGACCCCCUCGGAGCGUGCGCCCUCGGUUCUCCGGAUGUUCCGGUGAAAGUGGGCGGGGAGUCCACAUCCGAAGAUUCCUCGCGGGGUGCCACGUUGGUUGGCCAUGCAAAGCGAGGCAAGGCGGGCAGGCCCUCACUGACAAAGAUUGUGCUGUCGCUCGAAGGCGUUGAAGCCAAGCAGCAGGCGCUGCACCAGGUGCUGCAGGCUCUUCAGAUCGUGCACGCGAGGGAGAUGGUGGUGAGUGCACUGCUGCCUCACACUGGAGUGGCAGGCUUGGCUUGUCGACCUCAUUCGACCGAAGCGAGCCAGGGCGACAACAUCCUGCUACACCGGCCCGACUCCGGGAGGACUCUGGCCGGUUCCAGCGAUCCCCACCUCGCUCCAUCUCUGGACAGUCCGCCUCCGGGAAGGAGUCAGGCUCGGGACGACCGGAGUCGAGGGAAACCCGACCUGCGGGAGGCACCUACACUGACGGAGGAGAACGACCCACGCGUGGCCGAGAUGAUGUCGUCGGUGCCUUCGCUUCCGAGCUCCGGAAGCCUGUCGUCUCGGAUGUCAUCUGCGGCUGCCAGCGUCUUUGCAGCCACCUUCUCUUCCUCGGAGCAGGUGACGCCGGCAGAGCCCGAAGCCGCAAACUCGUUGCUGGACGAGUUCACCAGCGGGCUGACUGCCGAAGAUGCCCGUGCGCUGGUAGACCUGUUGAAGCUGGCGGUGGCAGCUCGUGCCGGCGACGCGGCCAAAGAAGCCAUUGCUGAUGUGCUCAAGGCAAUGGCUCUUGAAAACCCUCAGGUUGCAGAAAUGCUGUUGGAGAUUUGUGUCACGGAACUCGAGGAUGUGGCAUCAGACAUUGAAUCGCGACGCUCGGUUCCUUUGCCCGUCGUCCAGGAAUCUAGUCAUCCUUACACCGACGACACUACUCUGACUGGACACGUCAGAAUCUCAGGAGCUGAAAGCCUACAUGUGGAGUUUGACCGGCAGUGCUCGACGGAACGCCGCAACGAUCCGCUGUCGAUUAUGGAUGGGUCGGGCAGGAUUGUUGCCACUCGUUCAGGACGCGAGUGGUCCAACUGGUCUCCCGAGCUGCGCAUCCCAGGCAACGAGCUGCACUGGAAGUUCAGCAGCGACGGGUCGGUCAACGGCUGGGGCUGGCGCUUCACGGUGCACCCCGUGGUGGCCGCGGGGGGCGGCCCCGCCGACACCCUCUCGGACCGGGCCCUGCUCUCGCGGCCCUCGGUGGACCUGGUCGUCUGCCUGCUGGACCUUCGCAGCUGCGCCGACCGGACCAUUGCGUCUCGCUUGGCGGCUGCACUCGCCGCCUGCGCUCAGCUCAGCUACUUGGCACCGCUGCAGAGAAUGUGGGUGCUUCAUCAGCUGAGGCAGCUGAUGACCGCCGGAGUCGGAAAGACUCUCAAUGUUUCCCAGCUUCUAGUCCACAGCCCCAGCGGAUCCGACCUGUCUCCGGAGCAGCAGCCGACGAUCUUGAACCCGAGCGGCCCCAGUGAGACGGCCCUGGUGUGCCUACUCAAGGCCCUUCCCGAGACCCUGCUGCGUCAGUUUGAGUACGAGGACCCCAUUGUGAGGGGGGGCAAGCACCUCAUGCACAGCGACUUCUUCAAGGUUCUGGUAGCGCUGGCGUGCGACCUUGGACUGGACUCGCUGCCCUGUUCCGGGGACAGCCACCGGUGGACCUGGUUUCGGCGCUACUGCGCCGCGUCACGGGUCGCCACGGCUCUGGUGCACCGCACCACCCUGCCCCCGUCCUUCUGCCUGGAGGUGCGUCAGAGGAUCAGGGAGCUGGCCAUGGAGCCCUCGGAGAUGGACCUAUUGGGCGACCGAGAGGCGGACGACGAGGCAAUCUCAUCCGGAGACCACGAGGAUCACGCGGUCUUCAGGCAGGAGCACGACGAGCAGCUCAUUCACUGGGUGAACAGGCGCCCCGAGGACUGGACCCUCUCGUGGGGGGGCAGCGGGACCAUCCUGGGCUGGGGCCACAACCACCGGGGUCAGCUGGGAGGGGUGGAAGGGGCCAAGGUGAAGCUGCCCACGCCCUGCGAGGCCCUGAGCAUUCUGCACCCCACCCAGGUCGUCGGGGGAGAGCAGACCCUCUUUGCCGUCACGGCCGACGGGAAGGUGUAUGCAACGGGCUACGGUGCCGGAGGGCGGCUUGGCAUUGGCGGCACCGAGUCGGUGUCCUGCCCGACGCUGCUGGAGAGCCUGCAGCACGUCUUCAUCAAGAAGGUGGUGGUGAACUCUGGCGGAAAACACUGCCUCGCCCUGUCCGCCGAGGGAGAGGUCUACUCCUGGGGCGAGGGGGACGACGGCAAGCUGGGACACGGCAACAAGAGCUCGUGUGAGAGGCCGAGGGUGAUUGAGCUGCUGCGAGGGAAAGAGGUGGUGGACGUAGCCUGCGGUGGAGCCCACAGCGCUUGCAUCACCGCUUCGGGUGAGCUGUACACCUGGGGCAAGGGCCGCUAUGGACGCCUGGGCCACGGAGACAGUGACGACCAGCUGAGACCGAAGAAGGUGGAGGCCCUCUCGGGCUGGCGGGUGCGCUGCGUGGCGUGCGGCAGCGGGGACGCCCAGACGCUGUGUGUGACUGAGGACGACUGCGUCUGGUCCUGGGGCGACGGUGACUACGGCAAGCUGGGCCGGGGCGGCUCGGACGGCUGCAAGGUGCCACUGCGGGUGGAGCUGCUCCAGGGCCUCGGGGUGGUGCGGGUGGAGUGCGGCUCCCAGUUCUCGGUGGCCCUCACAGCCUCGGGCAGCGUCUACACCUGGGGCAAGGGGGACUACCACCGGCUGGGCCAUGGCACCGACGACCACGUGCGCAGGCCCAAGAAGGUGGCCGCCUUGCAAGGCAAGAAAGUGGUGUGCAUUGCGGUGGGUUCGCUUCACUGCGUGGCCUGCACGGACAGCGGGGAAGUGUUCACCUGGGGGGACAACGACGAGGGUCAAUUGGGCGACGGCAGCGUCAACGCCAUCCAGAAGCCCCGGCUGGUGAGCGUGCUCCAGGGCAAGAAGAUCAACAGGGUGUCGUGCGGGUCAGCACACACAGUGGCCUGGUCGACGUGCAAUCCCGGCGCCGUGGGUGCCGGUGGAAGGAUGCCACCCUCGGUGCCGCUGGAGUACGACUUGUUGCGAGACAUUCCCGUCCCAACACUGCGCAACCGCUACGCGCUCCUGUACCACUUCUCAGAGCUGUUUGCUCCGUCGGUCUCCAUGUUCGACCUGUCCGGAUCGAGCGAGGUCCAACAGGAGGGCUUGGACCGGCUGCGGGGGCUCCUGGUGUCAUCGGGCAAGGAGAGCGCCUUCCGCAAAGUGGUCCAGGCCACCAUGGUCCGCGACAGACAACACGGUCCCGUCGUGGAGCUGAACAGGAUCCAAGUGAAGCGGUCCCGCUCCAAGAACGGACUGGCAGGACCCCACGGCACCAGGUCAGUCUUCGGUCAGAUGGUGUCCAAGAUGUCGCUGCUCACGCAAGAAAGCCUGCUGCUGCCACACCGCGUCUGGAAGGUGAAGUUUGUCGGCGAGAGCGUGGACGACUGUGGAGGCGGCUACAGCGAGUCCAUCGCCGAGAUGUGCGACGAACUGCAGAACGGCUCACUGCCACUGCUCAUCCUGACUCCCAACGGAAGAGACGAGGCUGGCACCAACCGCGACUGCUUCCUGCUGAACCCGGCCGCAGCUACGCAGCUUCACAUGAACAUGUACCACUUCCUCGGCAUGUUGAUGGGCAUUGCCAUCCGCACUGGAAGCCCGCUGAGCCUCAACCUAGCCGAGCCCGUCUGGAAGCAGUUGGUGGGGCUCCCCCUCACGCCGGCCGAUCUCAACGAAGUCGACAGGGACUACGUGCCAGGUCUGAUGUGCAUUCGGGACAUGGAGGCAGAAGCGUUCCGGAAGCUGGACAUGCCGUUUGCCACUCACAGCGCAACGGGCCAGGAGGUGCAGCUGAGCGCGAAAUACCAGAGAACCACGGUGGAGAACCGCGCCGAAUACGUCCGACUUGCCAUCAACUACAGGUUGCACGAGUUUGACAGACAGGUGGCAGCCGUGAGGGAGGGCAUGUCCAAGGUCAUCCCAGUUCCCAUGCUCUCUCUUUUCACCGGCUACGAGCUGGAAACAAUGGUGUGCGGCAGUCCCGACAUUCCGAUCCAGCUCCUAAAAGCCGUGGCGACGUACAAGGGUGUCGAGCCAGACAGCCUGCUGGUUCAGUGGUUCUGGGAUGUCAUGGAAGAGUUCACCAAUGCCGAGAGGUCGCUCUUUCUCCGCUUUGUCUGGGGGCGCACUCGGCUCCCCAGGGCCAUCGCAGACUUCCGUGGACGAGACUUUGUUCUUCAGGUUCUGGACAAGUACAGUCCGGCGGACCACUUUCUGCCGGAGAGCUACACCUGCUUCUUCUUACUCAAGAUGCCGCGGUACUCGUGCCGCGCAGUCCUCCGAGAGAAGCUCAAGUAUGCGAUCCACUUCUGCAAGUCCAUCGACACAGACGACUAUGCGCGGGUCGCGCUUGGCGCGGAGGACGACGUCGACGUGGGCGCCAAUUUCGCGGAGGCAGUUGCGAGCGGCGCUCCGCAGGACGAAGGAAUGGCGACGAGCGAUAGCGAGGGCGCAGCAGUGGAGUCCUUGGGGGGUGCUUCCGACGAGUGCAGUAGCGAGGUUUGACAGACGAUGGAUUCCUGAAAUACGACCACUGCAAACGUUUGUCGUUCGAGGUUCAAAGAGAGCAGGGGCUCUAAGCUGGACACUCAGCGAGAUCGCAAACUACCACGAUUGCCCAGCAUCGUGCUGCAAUCCACCAAGGUCAAGCGCAGGCAAAUUGCGGCGGUUACCGAUCUCUCCGAGUGUCCAACUUUGGGAGCCCCAGGCCAGCCUCAAGGCAUUGAGUGUUUUGAGCUGUUUUUGUGUAGCGCCUCUACCGCUACGAGGAGCAUGCAGAGCAAAUCUGCUCUGCACGCUCCUCAUAGCUGUCUUUCAUUAGAGGAUUGCGUUGUGCGAGAAAUUUUUUUCUUCAUUGCUUUGUUGUCCAGAUUUUAGUUAUUGCAUUUUUAGUCAUUACAUGUUUUGUACCAAUGAAAAGCCUUCAUGUUAUGGUGCUACAGUAAAACCUCGUUAUAACAAAGUUGAAGGAGUGAUCGUAAUUAUUUCGUUAUAACCAUUAGUUUGUUAUAGCCAAUGUCCAUUUCUUCCCUAUUAGCAAGCAAGGGGAAUUAUGAUUGCUUUGUUAUAUCCCAUUUUGUUAUAACGAGGUUUUACUGUAUGUGUUUUUUUUGUUUUUUUUAGGAGAAUGUGUGUGUGUGUGCUCUUGUUGUUCUGGAACAGUUUGCUAUUGAGACCACUUUAAAAGAACAAGCUGCAGCUGUGAUGCAUGUUGAUGAGAUUAUACUUAAGUAAUUGUAGAUUAUGUAUAGUAACUUUUCGUUUUAAAACUAUAUAGCCAAGAAUACCGUUACUUGGAAACACUGUGAUGACUACUAGUAACUGUCAGAAUACAGAGGGCAUUUAUUAGGGGGCAAACACCAUUUUGUUUAUAAGUUGUCACACAUGCUUUUGAUAUAUACAACUACAGUCUUUGUUAGCAAUGCCAUUUUGGGGGAUGAGCAUUUCUCUUCAUUUGUGCUAAUAAAUUGUUUGUUGCAGAA